AUGGCCAUUACACAUGAGAUGUUUCCGCCUAUCGUCGAAAAAGCUGGUCUUCUGUCAGAUAUCGCUGAUGCUACAUCGCGGUCAGUUCCAAAAAUGAAAGGUUCUCGUCAAAUACCUGCAGGGUUUUUUGAUGAUACACUGCGAGAUGCCCAUUUGCGUACUCAUCGCUUCUCCUUCUGGCGCCGCUCUAAGCCACAUGGUGCAACUGAGCGCGACACCCAACCCCGAUCCCACCCUCUCAGCUGGACUCGAAACAUAGUCUCUGGCAUGAUGCGCAGACGAGAUGGAUCGGACAUCCAGUUGCAAGAGGUCGAGGUCCCUUACACAGCAGGCAAGCCUAGGAACUAUCACGCAAGAAAGAAGAAGCCAGCUACCAGUUCAUCUCGACCUCCCAAGACUCAUCCCACCCAGCAACACAGUGGAGCAACGCAGAACAUACCAUCAUCGUCACAGCUGCCACCUCCCACUGCCACUGCCAGUCCUCAUACCACCAUAAGAGUUACCGGAUGGCGUUCUCGUUUCAUGGUCUGGCUUUGCUGCAUACCUAUUCAGAACACAGGCGGUCAACCUUAG